AAAGAAAACAAAAACGUAUUGGCCUUUACAACUUCAGCUUUGUAACUUCACUCCGCUCCCCCCCCCCACCCCAACAGGAGAGCUAACUUCACGCUAUCCAAAGACACUUUGUGGCGAGUUAAACGUAAAUGGAAUAGACCUGUAUACCGCAAACGAAGACUCUGAAUCCCUGUCCACAUUAGUAAAUAAAUAUUUACCUUUAUGGGUUGAGGAUGGUGACCUGUUUCCAAGGACAAUAUGCCCUGCAUGUCACAUCCAAUUAGAGUCCACAAAAAUUUUUCUGGAUCUGAUUAUCGAGGGCCAAGAAAAGUUAAGAGGAUUACUUAAAGCAGAACAGGCAUUGCUAUCACGCGGAGAAAAAGAACGAAAGAAACUAGAAAAGGCUCUGCAAAAUCUGAAUGUCAAUGCAAGUGUCGAAACUUACACCAUUCAUAGUGACGAAGACAGGGAGAAAUAUAUAAUUCAAAUAUACAGUGAUGGUCCACUGUUUUUGCCUGAUCAUGAAUUAUCUCUGAAGACUGGCCCAAAGCCAGGGAAAAAGAAGGGUAGACCCUACAAAGGAACUGUUACCAAAGUGCCCUCAAAAGAAACAGAAGUCUUAAAGGAGUCAACAGAUUCUACAGACAAUGGGUGCUUGGGACGUGGGAAAAGAAAAAUUAAGGCCCCGACAAGGUUUGGUGAUACUGUACAGGGAACAGAGUUGGUAAAUGUGUUAAAAAAAGAAGGAGUACUAACUGAGCAUGACUUACAAGAGGAUGAAGUUAAACAGGAGGUAGCAAGAGAAGGGUCUCAAACGGUUAUAGGCAUGGUUAUCUCAACUAAAGGCAACGAACAUGUUGAGCAGCCAGUGUAUGCACCUAUAUCAAGAAUAAAGAUCAGAGGUGACAGUACUUUUACUUCUGAUACUGGCAAAGGAGAAUUCAAUGAUAAAGCGACCCUCGAUACACAUAAUGAAAACUUUAUAUUAGAUGAAGACAUAAAAACGCAAGAAGAGUCUACAAAAAAUAAAGAACGAGAAAACUUGGAGUCCGUCAAUAAUAAUAUGGCCGAAGUGGGAGAUGAGGAGCAACCAUAUAUCGAAGACGGAAAAAAACAGACCGUAUGCGUCGAAUGUCACAAAACGUUUAGUUGCAGACAGAAUUUGGCAGUACACUAUCGAGCCAUUCACGAGGGUCGCAAACCGUUCGUUUGUGUGAUUUGUCAAAAAGGCUUUUCAUAUGCAAUCAGCCUAAAGAGCCAUAUGGUGUCACACAAAACGGAAGUGGAAAAUAUCUUCCCGGACGUUAUGUAUUCUUGCGACCCGUGCCAAAAAGUGUUUAACCACAAAAGUGCCCUGGAAUACCAUCGGCAGGUUGUACAUGGAAAUAUGAGAUAUUUUUGUAAUAAAUGUAACCGCGUUUUCAAACAUAAACAAAUUCUUUUACGUCACCAGGUGGUUCACACCGAAGAGCGACAUUACGAUUGCGAACAGUGCGGGAGCAAAUUUAAAACGAAAGCCAACUUGUCCAGUCACGUGAAAAUUCAUAAGGGCGCUAGGACGUUUGUUUGCUCGUUUUGUGGCAAAAGCUUUCACCAUAAAUCUUCUUUGACCGUUCAUAUCAGAGGCCACGAGGGUGAAAAACCCUAUAAAUGUAACCAAUGCGACAAAACCUUCUCCCAAAAAGGAAACUGCAGAGAACAUCAACGGAUCCACACCGGCGAGAAGCCUUUUAAAUGUGCCGAAUGCGACGCGGCUUUCACCACUUCCUCCCAAUAUCGACUGCAUAAGAGAAUACAUAGCGGGCUAUUGCCUUUCGGUUGCAAACAUUGCCAGAGACGAUUCCGGCACCGAAAAACCUACGAGACCCACGUGAGGAGACACAUGGGAGAAAAACCGUUUCAAUGUAAUUUUUGUGUCGCGUCCUUUCCGGAUCAGUGGGGUCGGACCAGGCACGAGAGGAGCCAUUUGGGCGAAAAACGAUAUCAGUGCGAUAUAUGUGAGAAACGUUUUACGUCAAAGCCUAGCUUAGUAGCGCACAAAAGACGACACAUGGAGAAAUUAAAUAAGCCAGUUCAAAUAUCUAAGGGAGAUAAUUGUGAAUAUAUUUUACCUUCGAUUACUGAACAACGUACCGAGCAAGAGGGAGAGAUUCAGGCUUCUGAGGAAAUCGCGGAUAGUACAGUCAAUAGUACACCGAUGCAAAUUCAAAAUAUGCUAGAAGAGGGUCGUACCAUAAAUAUUACAACGCCAGAGGGCGAGGCGAUAUCCCUGGUGGCCUCUGGUGAUGACAAGUUUCAAGGAUUUUUACCAGACGGCACUCUGGUUAGUUUCGAUAUCGUAGCGGAACAGAGCGACGUUCAAAUGCAAGGAAACGAAACGUCAGAGGUGGCUGCAGUAUCUGAAGUAAAUUUGCUGAAUUCGCCCCAAAUUCAUUUUUUGCAAGAAGACGUUAUUGCCACCGCAGAAAAUAAUUUAAAUAGCGAAACCAAAGUUUUGUUUAUAGAGAACUUUGACGAAACCGCGUUCCUUGCUACUGGUUAAGUUGUUGUACCGUCACUUUUGUAUUUCUUUUUUAAUGUUCCUGUCUUUUUAUGUAGCCUUUAUUAAAUAAGCCUAAGUUUUCUAA